AUGUAUGAUGAAAAUAUUGAAACGGUUUUAUAUAAUGAAAUGACGACAGUGAAUUCGCAAUUAAUUUCCUUGGUAAAUAAGGUGAAGUUAGCGGAUAGUUGUUACUUUAUGUAUAACAAUGGAAUGAUUGAUGAAUUUAUUGGUAAUAUUCACGAAUUUUUAAAACAAUUGGAUUUUAAUCGGAAGAAGGCUUCUUCUGAUCGAUUGAAUUCCGAUGUUUUGUCUCAUAUUUAUCAAUUCUUGGAUAAUACUACACUCCAGGAGUGUUGUUGUUUGGUUUCAAAAUUGUGGAGACAAUCAGUGGAUGGAUUGCAAGUGGGAGUGAGAGGUGAAAACUUGGACAAUUUUCUGAAUGGUUCGUUAGUUAAGAAUGUCGCCAAAUUGACCUUGAUUAUUUCUGGUGAUGCAUUUAAAUCACUUGCUAAUUGUAGAAGUUUGGACAAGAUGAAAUCAUUAGAUUUACUUUCCUUAUCUAAUGUUGCUGUUGAGCAUUUAACGAAAUGUCAUACACCAAAUUUGACAGAAUUGAAUUUGGUGGAUACGAUAAGAAUUUACUGA